AUGAUGCACCCAGCUGUAGUUGCGAGUAUUGUUGUUGGCAGCGUAGUGGUUGCCUACGCUGUAUAUUGUGCUGUCAAAGAAUAUAUUGAUGAACCUAUAGGCGUCCUUGUUGACAAUGAGAAGUCUGAAAAAGAGACCAAAGUAAAGUCAGAAGACAAACAGAGUACUGGUAGGAGUACUUCUGUCGGCGCCUCGGAAGAAACUAGCUUACGGCAGAGAACGAGAACGAGGACUUCCAGACAGAGGUCUAGAGAUUCGCGAGUCACAGCUUCUCAAGCUAGCAUGAUUCAGAAACACGACCCUGAAGAAGAAGAAAGACUUCAAGAACAACUCUCCUAUUUUACGGCAGUAGAACAAGAAAUCGAACGUCGUAAACUUCGGCUAGCUGCUGAAGAGGAUCUACUCCUUCAGCGCGAGCGAGAGAUCCAGCGUCGGCGUCAAUACCUCGAUUCCUUGAGUGAUUCUCGUUCAAGCCCCCCUUCCUCCGAAGAUGGUACAUCUGAAGCUCAUCGAACGUCCACUACUGGCCUCACAACUGUCUCUUCCACUACUGCUGUUCCUUCUGCGCCUGCUGCCAAUUCAGAUAAAAAAGAAACAUCCCUUCCUCCGCUCAGAGUAGUUGACCCAAUUGCGUCGACUCGUUUAUCGCCCGUUCCGGCCGUCAGUGAGACGAAUAAGACUACUGUUGAUAGCAAUACGUUGGUUGAACAGGAGCCCAUUAGGAGACGAAUAGCUACUUCUGAAGAAGAAUGGUGUGAUAUUGAGUCUGUAGCUAGUGAGAACUUUGGAACUAUGUCAUCUGCAGCCGAUGUGGAUUGGGACAAACUCCAAUAA